UCCUCCGCCAGGGAAAACUCUGUGUGACCGUGGUAAAUCAGUUAGCCAGUUUAUUAACCCCCUUGUUUAAAUAGUCGGGUUGGACUUUCUCCUCACCCAGAAGCUGCCUUUUUCACCCGCCUCAGUCCUUUGUCCUGUCAGAGACGAGAGAACCUCCGCAUCUCCACUGACCAUGCAGCUGGCUGCCUUCUCACUACUCCUCACUGUGGUCCACGUGUCUGUGCCGAGGGGUUGUAAAGCCAGGAUUCCGGAUACGGAGGAGCAGAUGCAAGCGCAGCAGAAAAGGCGAGACUCCAGAGAAGAAUCCUCAGGUGGCAUUGGACGAUUCACCCCAGAAGUGGACGGAUCGAUAAGGAAAGGCUUUCACAAAGAGCCACUGGUAAUUCUGCCGAUUAGAACAGACACAAGCUACGUUGUGUCAAUAUUUCGUCUAAAGGGAAAAGAGUUUCUCUGCAUGGACCCCAACGGAGAGCUGUACUAUUCGAGAAACAACCACAGAGACGACUGCCUCUUUGGACGCAUCCGGACGGAACCCAGCGAGGUUUUUCACUCUCUAAGUGCAGGUCGACUGCUGAGACUACAGGGGACGAAGAGGCGAGCGGGUCAGAAGAAGUCACCCAAAGCUCCCGGGGCUGUGUUGAAAAGGCUGUUUGGAGGGUUAAUAAAACGAAAAAGGAGGAGUGAGGAGGUAAACCCAUCCGACCCGUUAAGAUCCGAGCCAGAUCCUUCGCAUCAGGAUACAGAUCUGAGACAGCCAGACCAGGACCAGGCUGGAUCCAUGUCUAAGGAGACCCUCACGUCCUGUGAUGACCCCCUGAAGGUCCUCCAGCCCAGUGCGCCAGAGAGCCCUGUCAAGACCAACAUUGCAGACAGAGCCCAAGGUGUAACUCAACAAUAUAACAACCAAAAUCCCGACUGAUCACUUCAUGCAUUUGAAAAGGCGCUAGACAAACAGAGCAACAGAAUUCAGGUCCUCACAUUCAAACUUAACUACUGUGGCCUGACUAAAUUCACUAUUAAAGCAGAUGAAACCUUCAACACUUUUCUCAAAAUAAACGCAUAAAAGAGAAAAAACACACACACACACACAAAGCAUUCUGUAAACAAAUGAGUUGACAUAAUGUUGACACAAGGAGGCGUUAUGUCACAUCCUCUUUAAAAAGCCGUGGUAGUCUUCGACAUAUCAGGAGCCAACCAACCUGUGUCCUGCUGUCCUUUCACCUCCUGUCUCAGUUAAAUUUUAAACUUAAGGCCAUAUGUGGCAAUGUUUGUGUUGCAUAUGUGUAGACUGUGAAUCGCCUGUGCUACACUUCGUCAAUUCACCGAAUGGACCACUGUUGUCAGGUGCUGGACACCAGCAGGAACGAGAAAUAACAGGAAAUGUAUAUUUAUUGAUGAGAGUAAAUUCUUAGACAACAACAUGCUUUACUAUUUAUAUAUUUGAUAUUGUGUUAUUUUCCAUGUAAAUAAUAAAAUGUAUUAUCCUAUGCUUGUCUCUGCUUUCUUAUUAUAGGUGAAGUCAAAGCACCGGCAUCAUGUCAACUAACAACACGCAGGUAGAGCGGUUCAGAUGAACGUUAUUAAAAUAAAGACGCGGAAAAGUUGGACAUUGGCUGGUGAACAUGGAAUAUUAAAGCCCUACAAAAUAGGAGCUUGGAUACAGCUUAAAAGAAACUGUGAUGGACAGAACACUAAAUGAAAGGGGCUUCCACUUUGAUUCACAGUCUCUACCACUGGGUUCUAUAACAAACUGAUGCAUGAAUAGCAACUCUGCAACCAGGUGACUUUUGGUACAGUUUUUGCUUUUUCAUGAUAAACAACAGUGCGUUUCCAGUUUGCGUUCAAGUGUCAGUGUCAUCUGUAUCGUCGAGAAAACUGUAAAAAAUGAUUGGUGAAGUUCACUUGUGCACGUCACCUCUGUUCUUAAAAUGUUCCUAUGGUAGGGAUGCACUGACACAAGUGCGAGCAGUGUAUGUGUACCUGGAUUUGAGUAUUCACCAAUACAAUUACUUUGAAUUUCUGUCCCCUCAUAUACUGUAUAUCAUUUGUAAUAUGAACAACAUUCCUCAGAAUAUUUUUCUUG